ACAAUUUACAUUUUAGAAUUUAGAGCGGUAAAUUUUUGCCGGGAAAGCAGAAAGCCAGAAAGUGGAAUGUUAGAAAUCUAAACUUUUUUUUGUAUUCUCUCAUUAUCAUUUAAUUUAUUUGUUAGUAUUUGUUUAAAAUCGAGUGCUUAGCGAAAUUUAGAAUAUAGCUUUUAUUUUAAAAUCUAGUUUCAUCAUUAUGUCAAAGAUCAAACUAAACUUGAUUGCUGCAGCAUGCGAAAAUAUGGGAAUCGGUGUAAAUGGGACUCUUCCUUGGCGUUUAAAAAAUGAGAUGGCAUACUUCACCAAAAUGACAUCUACGGUUCAGGAUAACUCCAGGCAAAAUGCUGUUAUAAUGGGAAGAGUAACAUGGGACUGCAUUCCACCAAAAUAUAAACCUUUGCACAAUAGAAUUAAUAUUGUCCUAACAAGAAAUGUUGAUGAUGUCAAAAGAGAGGUCCCAAAUGGUGUAGAAGUUGUAAAUAAUUUAGAUGAAGCUAUCAAGUUAAUAGAGAAUCGUUCCGACAUUGAAGCUGCAUGGGUUAUAGGUGGUUCACACAUUUAUAAAGCAGCCAUUGAACACCCAAAUUGUGAGAAAAUAUAUUUAACAGAAAUCCAAAAACUAUAUGAAUGUGAUACAUUUUUCCCCGAUUUUGACAGAAAACAGUUCCAACUUGUAAACGAAGAUGGCGUUGUAAGCGAAAAGCAAAUUGAAAAUGGAAUCGAAUAUUAUACUAGAGUUUAUAAGAAAUGUUAAUAGGGAUGGUUGUGAAUAAAAAUUACUUUUGUUGAA